GCCAGCGCCGGCCGCACAGCGCCGGGUGCCCGGGCGGGGGGCCAUGCCGUGCCGGAGGGAGGAGGAAGAGGAAGCCGGCGAGGAAGCGGAGGGGGAGGCGGAGGAGGAGGAGGAGGACAGCUUCCUCCUGCUGGAGCAGUCGGUGACGCUGGGCGGCUCGGGCGAGGUGGACCUGCUGGUGGCCCAGAUCGGCGAGACGCUGCAGCUGGACGCGGCGCAGGACAGCCCGGCCUCCCCGUGCGCGCCCCCGGGGCCGCCGCCGCAGCCCCCGCGGCCCCCGGCGGCCGUGCGGGCGGACAAGGCCCGGCCCCCCGCGCUGCCGCUGCUUCUGCCGCCCGCGCCGGCCGAGGCGGUGGGCCCGGCGCCCCCGGGGGCCCUGCGCUGCGCCCUCGGGGACCGCGGCCGCGUGCGGGGUCGGGCUGCGCCCUACUUCGUGGCCGAGCUCGCCGCGGGCCCCAGCGCGCUGCCCGGGCCGUGCCGGCGAGGGUGGCUGCGGGGCGCCGUUGCCUCCCGCCGUCUGCAGCAGCGACGAUGGCCCCCAGCCGGGACGCGCGCCCGCGACGACGACCCGCACCGGCUCCUGCAGCAGCUGGUGCUCUCGGGGAACCUCAUCAAGGAGGCGGUGCGGAGGCUCCAGCGAGCCUCGCCGCGGUGGCAGCCACGGGCCCCGCGAGCGCCUCUGGGCCCGGCGGCCGCAGCGCACCGGACCCUGUCGCCCUGCAGCCCUCCGGCGCCUUGCACUGACCCGGGGCGCCCGGAGGAGGAAGGGGACGCCGCUGCGCAGACCCGACAGCGCCCCGCCCUCGCCAGCCCGGAGCUGAAGCCGCCGCCGCCGCCGCCGCCGCCGCCGCCGCCGCCGCCGCCGCCACCCUGGGAGCGACCGCCCAGGCUGCGGGGAGACGCGUGGGGAGACCUCGAGGCCAGAAGUUCCCGGCCCCGGCGAGGCUGUCGGGGAACACGAGCGUGGAAAAGUGCACCGGCCAGGGCGCAGACGUGCCGUGUGAGCGUGUCCGCCUGCACCUCGGGGCCAAGGACCAGGGAUAAACCGGGAGAACUGUGGCAGCUACUUGCAUCGACUUGUACCUGACCUAGCCCUUGGGGGUGUCGUGUGCUUGGAUUGUUUAAAGACAGGGCUCCAAGGGGCGGGUAUCGCCAGGGUUUUACAACAAUACUUGAAAACUAAUGAUACGCAUACAUUUUAUUUUCCGGUGGAAGAGCUCAGUGGAAGUGGUGCUAACAAUUGCUGUGCAAAGAAAUUCCGGAGGAAAGAAAGAAGAAUGUAAAAGCUUGCUGGUGGGUGGGUUGCCUCACCCCCUCCUUCCCCUCUAAUUGGCGUUUGGUGGCGGUGGGAGAUGUGAGCUCCGGUUAGGGGAUUAGAGGGAGAUGGACAAUUUUGAAGGUGGGUAGAGUUGGAGUUGAAUGUGGACUUUUAACUGACUUGACCUUGCCACCUGUGGUUCAAGGUCACAGUAUGCCCUGUGCAAAAGGCUGCGGGGUUCCUGGGAGAGCUGAAGUCACCCCCAUGUCUUUUCUUUCUCUUGCUCCAAGAGCCCUGUCUGCUUUGCUACCUCUUGGAGUCUACCGAGGACACAAAGAGGCAGAGAGGGACUGGGGAGAGUUAUUUGUUUUUUGUUUUCCUCUUUCCAGAACUACUCCUCUCAUAGGGCACUCUUGUUGGCCAUGCCAUGAGCUUUCUCAGAAAACAGUCCUAGACUGUCUCCCCUGUCUUCCCAGCCCUACUUUCUUAUCCCACCCUUUCUGGUGUCUGCAUGGGAUAGAUGAGACCCUGGACAUUUUUCUGCUGUUUUGGCUGUCUGUGGAGCCGCAGGCCUGAGACUUCAUGGGUCCUCAUCCCUCACAGUUUCCUCCUGUCACCAGCUCUUCUUCUGAGUGACUGAAAUCUUGUUUAAAAUGUGACUCUCCGAGAGGAGAACCCACUGGCUUUACCCUUGUGAAACUUGAUGGCACUUUAAGUAAAAGUGCCACUCCCAAACUAAAGGUAGCUAAACCAAUUUUAAAAAAACAGAUUCAAUGGCUUGUUCAUCCUCCAGAUGUAGCUAUUGACGUACACUUCGCACCGGAGUGUCAGAAAUUGUGGUGGUCCUGAUUUAUAGGAUUUCUUAAUUAAGAUGUAUGCUGAAUAAAUUUGGUUUUUGUUUUGGA